CCCGCCUUAGAGACCUCUCUCUUUUCUUCUGAUUCUGAGCAACCAAAAAUUUGAACUUCCCUUAUGCCUCCCAAGUUUUUCCCUGAUCUGCACAAUCUACACACGACAUUUUCUUUUUCCACUUUUUCUAUCUUACUGAGAAUCAGAUUCAGCAUUAGGGUUUGUGAAAGAAACAUGUCGGGUGGUUUAAGCUGGAGGCACCAUGUCGUAAUUCAAGCUCUGUUGUCACGUGGCCCACUCAAGGAGAAGGACUUACAUUCCAUUUUUGAGGACCUCACCAAGAAAAACCCAGGCACUGAUCGUCAGCUAUUCAAUGGCUUUAUUCUGAAAAUAAACAAGGCACUUGCUUGUGCUAAUUUUGAGUUGCGUGGCUGCAUAGAUCAAUAUGAUGGCCAAGUUUAUUAUGGAGUGGUGAAUACUGUUGCAGAUGAACAUUCCAAGCUAGGGACAAAGUAUACUGUUCCGCAAAUUGCCUUUUAUAAGGCCAUUAUUGAAGCAAUAGUACAGAAUGCCAAUGCAAAUGGUUUUAUCUCCAGCAUUGAUGCUCUCAAUCUAAAUUUGGAUAGUCAGGUUACAAUUGUGACUGAUCCACAAUCUCAAGGAAGCCAGCCAAAUGUCCCAUCUGCAUUGAAGCAUUUCACUUUGUCUCAAAAGGAAAAAGCUCUGAAUGAACUAGUGAGGGACCAAUGGCUUAAUUUGACAGAAAAUGGUAUUAUUAAACUUGGUCCAAAGUCAUUCCUUGAUCUUCGUGGUUGGUUUCGACAUAACGAUGUUCCGUCCUGUCAUGUUUGCAGUGAAGCUGGAAUAAAGGCUGAGUUAUGCCAAAAUGAAAAUUGUACUGUACGAAUUCAUCAGUACUGCCUAAAGCAGCUUUUCUCGCAGAGGAAGGUUGCCAAAAUUUGUCCAAGUUGCAGCACUUUGUGGCCGUAUACAGUACCCAAGGUAGAAGCUAUUCAGACUGAAGAUGACAAUGAACAUAGAGGAAGCCAACGAGCUACUGGUUCUCAACGAAAGAGGCAUAGUGCUAACAGAGUUGCUGAUGAGGAAGUUGGAUGCAGCAAUCAGGACGAGAUGAACAAAGGUACAGGAAGCCAACAGAGUAAUGGAUUGGCACCUAAAAGGGGAAAAGCAUGUAGAAAUGAUGCAGAUAAAGGAGGAUCUGGUGCAUCUCAAUCUUCAUCAGCUAUUUCUGAUUUUAGAAGAGUAACUCGAAGUUCUGCACGUCUGAGGUAAAUACACAAUGGUGCCUAUCUGUUUAGCUUUGUGUUAAACAUGUUCACUAUAAGAUGUAACGUCAGUCACUGGUUUAGCUAAACCUCAAGAUUGGUACUUGCUGAAAGAAUUUACUUUUGAAGUAUCAACGUUUAUACAAAAAGUCAAAGUAAUUCCUAAAUCUAUUUUAGAGAAAUUUGGCG